AAUAGAUGUGACGUCAGUGUAGGAAGUCAUUGUAGAGCAACACUAGAACGAUUGCAAGCAAAAAGAGAACGUGGUGUCGAGCAGUUAGCCCUCCGAGUCUCUCCACACUUUAACUUUGAGAGAAAGUUAAAUAACCUGAACAAAAGGACGUGGACUACACAGAAGCACUGCUUUUCAAAUUUUACAUUGAUUGUAAGGAAGUCUUGGAGAGUACAUCUUUCGGGCCGCUUGUGAACACUAAAAGGAUUUUCUUUUCCUGAAUACUUUGUUUAUUUAUUAUUUUUAUUACUAUUUAUGUUUUGUAGACUACACAAGGUUGGUAUUCGGUGUCUGCGUUCAUAAGUGCUAUACUGAUAUUUCUGAAAUGCAUGGAGAAGUUUAGCUUCUUAAAGUUUGUUAUGAAGGCUACAUAAUCACAUUUUUUCUUACUAUGGAAGGAUCCAGCGGGUCUAAUUUUGGAAUAGACACUAUUUUAUCAAACACAACCAAUUCGGGUAGCCCGGUUCUAAUGAACGGAGAUUUCCGUCUUGGUGACAGCAGGACCGCGGAUUUCAGGAGCCAGGCAACCCCAUCACCAUGCUCGGAGAUAGACACUGUGGGAACUGCCCCCUCGUCCCCCAUUUCGGUUACCAUGGAGCACGCCGAUCCGCAUCUGGUCCAAGACAGCCUUCAGCAUCACCACCAUCAUCACAAUCAACAGCAAAGUUUGCAGCUAUCACCUCAGCCACAACAGCUCGGAGCAGCCGGCUCUGCCCCGAGGACUGCCACCUCCUCUUUCUUAAUCAAAGACAUUCUGGGCGACAGCAAACCACUGGCAGCCUGCGCUCCGUACAGCACCAGCGUGCCAUCACCCCAUCACACCCCAAAACCAGAGAGCGCGACGGCAACGGACGGCUUCAGGCCAAAAUUAGAGCAAGAUGAAACUAGGAGCAAGUUGGACAAACGAGAUGACAUCCAGAGCGACAUGAAAUGUAACGGAACAAAAGAAGAGGGUGACAGAGAGAUCUCAAGCAGCAGAGACAGUCCUCCCGUUCGCUCUAAAAAACCUCGCAAAGCGCGGACGGCUUUUUCCGACCAUCAACUAAACCAACUGGAGCGGAGCUUCGAACGCCAGAAAUAUCUCAGUGUGCAGGAUCGUAUGGACUUGGCCGCUGCACUCAAUCUGACCGACACACAGGUGAAAACCUGGUAUCAAAAUCGACGGACGAAGUGGAAGAGGCAGACCGCUGUCGGAUUAGAGUUACUGGCUGAAGCUGGAAAUUAUUCCGCAUUACAAAGAAUGUUCCCAUCUCCAUAUUUUUAUCACCCGAGCUUGUUGGGCACCAUGGACAGCACGACAGCAGCCGCCGCAGCCGCCGCAAUGUACAGCAGUAUGUACCGGACUCCGUCGGCGCCACACCCCGGUCUCCAGAGGCCUCUGGUCCCGAGGGUUCUAAUCCACGGUCUUGGGCCAGGGGGGCAACCAGCAUUAAAUCCACUGGCUAACCCCAUUCCCGGCACGGCACAUCCUCGGUAAACAAACAAAACAGCAGCAACAUCUAAAGCCUAUUAAACACAUGAAAUGUGAGGAACUGUUCCGAACUAAAAAGACUUUUCAAAAGACAAGACAGAGACGAUUUUAUUGAAGAACAAAAAAGUGAUAUUUAAUAUGAACUAGUUCUAACAAAACAAUGAACUGUAAACGUUAGCCCCAAAAGAAAAAAAAGGGACUUCUUCAAAUGUUUGUUUUUAUUAUUACUAUUUUCUUUUGUACAAAUACACUUAUACUAACAAAUAAACUUAUAAAGUUUAUACGAUGGAAAGAAAGGGUCGAAUUGAAAGGAGUGACACAAAGUGCAUCUCAGAGACUUUUCUAUUUCAGAAAAACACGGCGACGAUGGCCUGGGAACUCCGCACUCUUUCUCAAGGUCUUUUUUAUUCUUGUCUUCUGAAGAGGCAUGCAGCGUUAAUAUAAAGUGUACUGAGUGAGAUAUUUAUUAUAUGUCGUCAGAGAGGUCCGCUUAUAAAACAUGCUGAUUUGUUUCCUUCAUUUGUUUAAAUUCGAUAAUUAGGUGAAACGAAUAAUUAAUUAAAAUUAGUUUUUAUUUUGUGCUUGGUUGACAUCAUGUUAUGAUGGGGUUCUCUAUCAAUGCCAUUCUGUAACAACAAUAAAAACUUU